CGUUCAAUGACUGUCGAAUCAGAAUCCAGGAUGCUGAAGCGCGUGUGGUGCCUGCGCGUGGGGGUAGAAGCGCAGACGCGUGAGCGAAGCGGCUAGCGACAAUUCUGCUCAGCUAGAGAGGAAGGAGCUGUCACCGAUAAUGGAUGCAAAUAAAGGUAAAGGGGAUCACAUGAUGCAAAAUCCUGGUGGGCAAAUGGACAGACCUGUCAACUUUCACAUUUUGGAAAGCAUGCUUCCCAAAGCAGUGAAGAGGCGAGUGCAUGCCUUGAAGAGGCUACAGGUGCAGUGUGCUAACAUAGAGGCCAAAUUCUAUGAGGAAGUCCAUGAGCUUGAGAGGAAGUAUGCUGCUCUGUACCAGCCUAUGUUUGACAAGAGACGAGAUAUUGUCACAGGAACUGUGGAACCCACAGACGAAGAGUGUGAGUGGCACAGUGACAGAGAAGAGGAGGAGGAGUUGGCUGAAGGGAUAAAGGAAAAAGCUUCUAUUGAGGAUGCAAAGAAAGAAGUUGUCAAACCAGAGGAAGAUCCAAAAGGCAUCCCUGACUUCUGGCUCACUAUAUUUAAGAGUGUGGACAUGCUCAGUGACAUGCUACAGGAACAUGAUGAGCCCAUCCUAAAGCACCUGAAAGAUAUUCAGGUCAAGUUUUCUGAACCAGGACAGCAGAUGAGUUUCACAUUGGAGUUUCACUUUGAGCCUAAUGGUUAUUUCAACAACGCAGUCCUCACUAAAGUCUACAAGAUGAAGUCAGAGCCUGAGACUUCAGAUCCUUUCUCAUUUGAGGGGCCAGAGAUUAUUGACUGUGAAGGCUGUCAGAUAGAUUGGCACAAGGGCAAGGAUGUGACGGUGAAAACUAUUAAGAAGAAGCAGAAGCACAAAGGCCGUGGCACUGUUCGCACUGUUACCAAACAGGUUCCCAACGAUUCCUUCUUCAAUUUCUUCAACCCUAUCAAAGCCUCAGAUGGAGAGAUGGAUGAAGAGUCUGAGUUCACCCUAGCCACAGACUUUGAGAUUGGUCAUUUCUUCCGUGAAAGAAUAAUUCCUAGAGCAGUGUUGUACUUCACUGGAGAGGCCCUGGAAGAUGAUGAGAGUUUUGAAGAGGAAGAGCUGGAAGAGGGAGAUGAAGAGGAGCAGCUUGAGGAGGGCGACGACGAUGAGGACGAUGGAGAUUGUGACCCCAAGAAAGAACAGCCCCAGCCUGCCGAAUGCAAACAGCAGUAACCAUGGUGAUCAAGGAAGGUGGAAACCUGCUGUCCAUCAAAUCAGUUCUUAGCCAAUCAACAAGUCCUCCUAACGUUGCAGGCCCCACCCUUUUCUGAACUGUCAUCUGAACGCAAUAGAACGCAAACCAAACUGCGUUUUUUACUAUGUGCAUGACUUAUUUUUCUGUCUUGCGCCCAUCUCACUCCUUUUCAUUUGACUUCAUUCUAACUCGGAGCGGGAAGUGACUUGGCUCUAAUUAAUAAACUAUGGCAUCACACGUAUUCUCCAUUGGUACGGUGGAGUAACUUAUUACUGCCAAGAAACUUAGAUCAUCAUCAUCUGGGAAACAGCCAGGAAAAGACGAAAACCCAAGUUUAAUUUCCACUUAAAUAAAUCAGUUACUCAGGGUUUUUUUAAUGCCAACAAGAAAAGUGAGAGUUUACCAGGAAACUGCUGAAUAAGUUUGGCUUAAUCAUUCACUGGGUUUGCUGAACAGUUUUCUUAUGUUUUUUUUUUUUUUUUUAAGAGACAUACAAUGUAUCAUUUGAAUUUUAUUUUUUAAAUGUUCAUUGUCGUGUCAUUGGACUAUUUAUUCUGGUGUCAUGCAGCUGUAUAAAGUGGUGUGUUCCGGAAACCCAGCCACAGUUAUAGGGUCGUUCUAUUGGCUCUUAUUUGGGCUUAGCAGGUCAACAAAACAUGAAUACUGCCAAGUCGUGUUUUCUAUGAUCAAAAUGCAUUUCACACAUCGAAAAACGGUGUCCCAAGUUUAUUGGGCUUAACAAGCAUUUAAACCGAGUACCUGAGAGGACAUGCUUCAAUGCGACAGGCAUGCUUUCACAACUUGUGUGAAAAAGACACAAGAUUUCAGGACACACUGUUACUAGAUAUCCCCGGGCUAAACAUCCCACGAAGUCUGAAUGUUUUCCACAGGAAUGACCGAUUUAAGCAGACGCUGUGGCUGAUCUUCAGUCUUCUAUGAUUACAUAUAAGAUAUACUUCUGGUAUGUAUGUAGUUGUUACUAAAUGUUAUGGAGAGGCAGAGACGGGUCUGUAUGUGAGGUGUUUCGAUCAAAUGUAAAUUCAGUUGCCAAGAAGCCGAAAUUGAAACCACAGCAUCGUCUUUUUCUUAAAAAUGUUUGCCAAUACUCAUUAACUCAGUGUAAUAUAAUUCAGCGUUUAAGAAGUUGUUUAAGAAUAUAUAAAUAUUUCCGUUACUGUCUAAUGAUCGCGUAGAAUGUCUGUGGAAAACAAAUGGAAGGAGUUGCCAAUGUAUUUUGUAUACUGCACUUGGACUUUUAGCCAUUAGGUUGGACACCUUUGGCUGGUGACCGGUCAUUGAUAGCAGCGAUAGUGAAUAAUACCCACACCUCUUAAAAAAUAAAAAUAAAAAAACGAUUGUAGAUCUUAUUGGAUGGAUCUCAGAGCCACGGUUAACAUCUUCAGAUCUAUCACAUUUGCACCGUGUGCUAGCAAUGGCCUUAACUGGUUCUUAUUCACAAUUUGUUACUUGCGCAAUAUUUCUUUUCAAUUUGUACAGAGUUAGGUAAAAUAUUCUAUUAAAGUUGUGCUACAUGGAA